AUGACACGCUCCUCCUGAACGAUGACGCACGCUUAGAGCAAAUGCUCCUCAUCUUAGUCCAUGCAUGCAGCUCGACUGAGAUUCACAACCCAGAAACAACGUCCCUUCAGCAUCCUGCGAGCCGACCGGAGGCGGAGGCGCACUGCUAUUAUUUAUUUAGACAAAUCUAUAAGCGUUCCCGCGAAGAAACCAGUAAGGCAUGGGAAGAAUAAACGCAUUGCCUCACAAUGAUCGCUGAUUGAUUCGCGGAUCUUCAGUGGAAAGGAGCGUCUGAGAGGACAGAAGCUACUCAACAGCUGGUAUUGUAAGAAAAUGGAGGAUUCACCAUCAAAGCAUCUUCUUGGCUCCAAGAAGAGAGUCAAAAUCCACCCGAAUACAGUGACAGUCAAAUACGCCACUCACUUUCCCCAGCCUGGAGAUGAGGGCUACGAUGACGCCCCAUCUUUCGAAGACUUUGGCUCAUUUGUCGAAGAGACCUCAGACAGGAAGCACCUCACUGACAGCAAGUCAGGCAGGACUUUUUUCGGCGCGCUUGACAGUCGAUCCAAAUCGCCUGGCGACCAAAAGGAAAAAGGGGUCGGAGGUCAGCUGCAGAGCUUCGGGGAGGCCUCGGUGUUCGCCUCACGCAUGACCUGGGCUGCUCUGUUUGGGGCGGCUCUGGCCCACGGCUGCGUGGCUCUCAUCACACGCCUGGCUGCCGACCGCUCGAGGGUGCCGUCGCUGGAGUUGCUCUUCAUCCGCUCCGUCAUCCAGGUGUUGUCCAUUGGGGUUGUGUUAUAUUACCAGGAGCCUCCUUUCGGGCCACAAGGCUACAGAUUGCGUCUUUUCUUUUAUGGUGUGUGCAAUGUCAUCUCAAUCACGUGUGCGUACACCUCCUUUGCCAUCGUCCCGCCCAGCAAUGGAACCAUCAUGUGGAGAGCCACCACGACGGUCUUCAGCGCCGUACUUGCGUUUUUACUCAUCGAUGAGCGACUGGGCAUGACAGACGUGGUGACGGUUGUCAGUAGCGUCUUUGGUCUCUGCUUGGUCAUGAUUCCCAACAUCGUAGGCGAGCACCGAUCACUUGGCUUCUGGAAGGAGGCCUUUGGCUACACCAUGACGGUGAUGGCAGGUUUAAUGGCGGCCCUGUCCAUGAUCAUAUACCGUGCCAUCAAAGAGAGGGUGAGCAUGUGGACUGCGCUCUUCACCUUUGGCUGGACCGGAACGGUGUGGGGAGUGUCCACUAUGUUCAUCCUGCAGGAGCCCAUCAUUCCUCUGGAUGGAGAGACGUGGGGGUAUCUAAUCGGCAUCUGCGUCUGCUCCACCGUGGCGUUCCUGGGGGUCUAUUACGCCCUCAACAAGUUCCAUCCCGCACUGGUCAGCACCGUUCAGCAUAUGGAGAUUGUUGUGGCUAUGCUUCUGCAGUUGAUUGUGCUCCACAUGGUGCCCUCGGUGUAUGACAUCAUCGGGAGUCUCAUCAUCAUCAUCAGCGUUGUCGUGCUGACGGCUGUAAAGCUUUAUUGGGUGGGCAAGAGCAAAAGACAGGAAUAUGAAGAGAUCCUCGACUCGCCGAUAAAGUGAUCAAACUUAUCGUUUUAGAAUUUCCUUUGUCAAAUUAGAUUUUUCAAACCUUGAAAUAUGGAUACCCACACUCUUAAAAACAAAGUGUCAUUGGCAUCUGUGAUUCCAUGAAGAACCUUUAUCAUCCAUGGAACCUUUUAAUCGCACAAAAGGUUCUUUAGAUAUUGAAAAUGUUCUUCAAAUCGAGAAAAAGAGGUUCUUUGGGAAACCAAAAAAUAUUCUUCUAUGGCAAAAAAAUCAAUUUAGAACCUUUAUUUUUAAGAGUGCACCGAGGAUUUUGUGAAUGUUUGAGGAAAAGAUCUAUGUAAAGUUUAUUCAUUAAUGAAGUGCCAUUGUGAAGUUGUCUUUGACUGUUGUAUUAUGUGAAGCUCAAAGAGGUUACUGAUUCUUAUCGCACAUUAUGAAAUAAUUAUCCAUGUUUAUCCGUGUCAUAUCUAGUUUUAUUAUGUAGUACAUCCAAAUAAAUGUCCUUGUAUAGGAGCUGCAACGACAACAUCGGAUAUUUCCAUAAAUUUGCACAAAUUGACAUUGUUUAGAGUGCCCUCUGUUGGUAUUUAGUGACUGCAUGACCCCGAAAAGUGAAGCAAAAAUUUUAGGCACAGCUUGAUUAGACUGAGUGAAUCAAGUGAUUCAGGGUGAUUCAGUCUAGUGUCUGACAGAGCUUUUCUGUUGGCAUGCGAUUUCACAAUUUUCAGUUUAUUGAGAAAUACUGAGGGCUGUUGGUGUCAUGUACUCACUCCAGAGAUUCACAUGGAAAUGAAAAACGUUAACCAUUGUACUGAAAUAAUUUAUUUUGGCAAGGUUUUCUCAUAUUAAGGUUGCAUAGUCUGUGCAGAAGAUUCAGAUUAUUUGACAAAGAAUGUAACAUUGCAAAGGCAUCGUUUCUGGGUAAAGACAGGGUUGUUCAUAUAAUAUUAGUCACAAUUUUUUUUUUUUUUUCAGAAACAGGAAUGAAGUAACUUCACUUAACAUGUUAGAAUGUCUCUGUGGUGUCUUUAAAAAACAACAAAUGUACUGUUUCAAACUGAAAUAUUUUCAAAGAUUUGAUUUCUCUUUAAUAAAAGCAUGUAUUAAUUUCA